AUGAAGUCCUCUUCAGUCCCCCUCAUCCUUCUGCAGCUCUGCAGCCUCCAGCUGAUGGUGGUUGCCAUGCCGACUUGCCAGCUGCUGGAAGACGUUGUCCAGACCACUCACAACCUGCUCAGAGACCUGGGGGGGCCAUUUCCUGUCCACUGCAUGCAGUACAAUGUUAACAUCUCUUUCCCUGACUCUGCCUUCCCUGCUGCCACAGCCAGUCACCCUCAGUGCCGCCAGGCAUUAUGGGUGGUGUAUGAGACUCUGCGGGAGACGCAGGAGCUGUUUCAGGAGUUGGACUUACCUGUCGGAGAGGGCGGAGUAACCUGGGACAGUAAGAAACUCGCCGACUUCCUGAACCUGCAGUAUGGACUGGUGGAGGAGGGAAGCUGUCUGGCCACCACCAAGGCUCCAGGUGUGCUGUCUUCUUACUUCAGCAACGUCACAGCUUUUGUGCAGCAACAGGACAGCGCUGCCUGUGGUUGGAUGGCUCUGAGGAGAGAUGUCCUCUGGGUCCUAAAGACCGCCCUGCACAAGUAUCACAGCUGCUUCGCCCAGAGAGCUAGACAUUGA